CGACUAUCUUCAAAAUGACCAUUAACCACGUCUUUUUCUGGGCUUCGGCCACCAGAUUCGAAUCCCUCCGGGCUUUCUACCGUGCUAUCCUCCAGCCAAUUGGCUAUACGGAGAUGAUCUGCGCCCACGGCAACAGUCUCAUCGGAUACGGUAGCGAUUAUCCCUACUUUUGGCUGCAAAAGUUGCCCGAGAAUGAGACUGUCCUUCGUUCAACCCAUGUCGCGUUUGAUGCUCCAAGUCAGGAAGCAGUGGAUCAGUUCUAUCAGGCUGCACUGCAGCUAGGAGCGCGUGAUAAUGGGCCCCCCGGAAUCCGAAGAGAAAUGAGUCGCCAGCCAUACUAUGCGGCCUUUGUUAUGGAUUUGGAUGGAAAUAAUGUGGAGGCGGUGCAUGUGCCAAAGUAGUUAUGAACAGGUGUAGAAACUAGG